CCUGUUAUAAAAACAAAGAGGCUGAAGUCAAUCGAUAAAAGUAAGCUUUUAAAUUAAAAACCGAAGUAGAAGCUGGCCUUCACAUGUGUGAUAUUUACUGUAGUUUUAUCAUUCCAGGUAACAAUACUGUUCAAACUGUUUUUUCUUAUUAAUUACCUGGAACAUUUAACUUGCUAUCAUGUAAUCAGUAUAAAGUUGCUAUUAUCAGUUUUAAUACCACUUCUGCGAGUAUUUUAUUACUUUGUCAAUGGAUCGAAAGGUUUCGGUUAGUAUUUAGUUUUGUAAAAGGAAGUAGGUUAACCAAGUACGAUAACUUUAUCACAGGAGUAACUUAUCGCAAAAUGUUUUAAUUUUGAUGUCAGUUACUAAAGCCUCGUCGCCGAACCACCACAAUGCCGAAAGCGGGUGACCAUUCUUUCGAGCUUCGCAAACGGCAAUCGAGGCUUCUUUCUUGGGUGGAAAUACCCUUAGGUUACAUGGCCGGAGCAGACCCGAAAUGGCAAAAAGACGCUGCAGAUCAGAAUUUCGAUUACAUGUUCAAACUGCUUAUCAUUGGAAACAGUUCUGUAGGGAAGACCUCGUUCUUGUUUCGAUACGCUGAUGACAGUUUCACGUCGGCUUUCGUCAGUACUGUUGGAAUCGAUUUUAAGGUCAAAACGGUUUUUAGACAUGACAAACGUGUCAAGUUACAGAUAUGGGAUACUGCCGGACAGGAGAGAUACAGGACGAUCACGACUGCUUAUUACAGAGGCGCCAUGGGUUUUAUUCUUAUGUAUGAUAUAACGAACGAAGAGUCUUUCAACAGCGUGCAAGACUGGGUAACCCAAAUAAAAACAUAUUCUUGGGACAAUGCCCAGGUGAUCCUCGUGGGAAACAAAUGCGACAUGGAAGACGAAAGAGUAAUAAGUUUCGAACGAGGCAAGCAAUUAGCCGAACAACUUGGUGUUGAAUUUUUCGAAACUAGUGCGAAAGAGAAUAUUAACGUUAAGGCUGUCUUUGAGCGACUCGUGGAUAUUAUCUGCGACAAAAUGUCAGAUAGUUUAGAUACCGAUCCAACUUUGAUGAGUGGAGGUGCGAAGGGACAACGUCUUACCGAUGCGCCUCAAGGGCCUCAGGCUGCAAACUGCAACUGCUAAUAACCUGAACGUUCCAGACUUGAAAAAUAAUACAGGAUAGCUUUAUGGACAAAAUCACUUACCUGUUGAUACUAACUUCGACCAGGACGAAAUUUAUUACUUAUUUAAAUAGUAAUUUAAUUUAAUUGAGACUGACAAUACGCAUGCGUAUGUAUACUGCAGAAAAAUGUUGCUAUACUUGGGUGUUGCAUGCGUGUGUAUUAUAACAUUUACAUUACCAAUAGUUCGGGACAAGAGAAGAAUUUUGAAGAAAAUUUUGCUCUUAUCCCAAGGUUUUGCAUUUUUAACAAUAUUCGAAAAACAUCUCUAUGCAUUUUAUAAUUUAUAAAAUUACUCAAAAUAAUGUCAAUAUUAGCAAAAACUAGAUUAGAUUAUACAGGAAAGGUACUUUAGAAGGAAUUACCUAUGAGUUACAUUUAUAAAAUUAUUGUCUAAUUAUAUUAGCAGGUUAUUAAAAAAAACAUAUAUUUUUUUCAGAAUUUGUUCUGGAUAUUUUAGAUACAGAGUAUCCAGGUUUUAGAGUAGAACUUGACCACUCUGUAAAAAACAGGGUUUUGCAUAGAUACAAUGUACAAGUAAACUACGCUUUAUCUUAAAUUGUUGCCAACUGUAACUGAAAGGCGUAAUUUGCGAAUCAGAUGAAACAACCCUGAAUGUGUUAUAUUUAUGUAAUUCUGUAAGAAACGUAUCAUAUCUUUGGCCUAAAACGGCAAAUUUGUUUUAGACUAUGUGUUGUGUUAUUCUAGGAAUGGGAGGUAGAGAAAGCUUAACAAAUACAAAAAAACGUAUGUAGUUAAUAAGUAAUUAAAGACAACAGAAUAAAUGUGAAUUUGUAAAUAUAGGAAUUGUAUGUUCGCUGUUAUGUUUAGAGAAUUGAUUUUUUUAUUUUAUUAAAUUGUUAAAACGAAGAGAAUUUGUUAAUAGUCGCUUACAUCUAGCAUAAGUUUUUUUUGAAGAUCGCAUUGAAAAAGCUCGAAUGAUCAAUAAUAUUUAAUAAGAGAUGUCCAAUUUCAUCUUGACCCUCUUACAAGACCUCCCCUCACAGGUCGCCAUUUCCAGAUCAGUGUUAAAAGAUAAUCACGUUGACUACAUUUAUAAAGUAUAUGUUUUUGGUCAAUGUUUCUAAAUGAAAUCUCCUAAAAUGCUUCAGCUGGAAUUUCCUUCAAUGAAAUUUCUGUCAAUCAGUAUAAAUGUUAUUAGUGUUUUGUUAUAAUAAUUAUAUCCAGCUGAAGUCGUCUCUAUAAAUCUGUGCCUCACUUAAAAACAGUUCGGGUUCACAUGACCGCUAGUCAGGAAGUGAAGUUUUUCGAGGAUCGCACAUUUUCUAGACCUUCUUCAAACUUUUGAAGUUGCAAACUUCUGAAGCAGAAGAUGGCCGCUCAUUGUUAUGUUAAAUGGAUUGUACAAUAUUAAAUAUUAUUUUGUGAAUUAGUGUAUAAUAAAAUAGUGUAUAUGCC